UUGUGACAUUUAAAGAGAUUGUGUUGUGGAAAUCACGCAAAGAUUAUAAAACCAAAAAGUUAAAUUAAAAAAUAAACCAAAAACUUAUUGAAAGAGAAAAAACAAAAUGUCUAUAUAUUAUAGUGGUGCUUUAAAACGUUCUCAAGGUAUUGUUUCAGCAAUUGGCAAAGAAAUGAAACGUGUAAAUCUAAAAGGAGUUAAACGCGUAACAAUCACAUUUGAUCCGUUUGCCGAAAAUGUAAAAGCAACGAGAGAAUUCCUAUUUAUUUUGUCUAAUCCACGGGUGGUGGCCACAAAUCCCAAGUGUGUGGUAAAAACUGAUAUUGUGUGCAAUCGUCAACCAGCUGAAGUUAAAUUCUCUUUAAUCGAUAAGGCACAAGAACAAUUAAAAGUUAAAGACGUACGUUUCUUAAGCAACAAUUUAAAUACUUUGGAAAUCUUACAACUGUGUAAUAAACACGUGUCACCCUUAGCACCUGAAGAAGAGGAAAAAGGAAAAGUUUUGACUAAAGCUGAAAAGCAAAAACUAGCUGGCGGUGCUGGUGGCAAGAAAGCCCAAAAGAAAAAGUAA